CCUUAACCAACAACAACGACAUCAACACAUCAGGCCUCCCUCGCAGUCAGUCAGUCGCCUAUUCACCUGUUUUCACGUCACGUCUCGUUUCUUUUCUGCUUCGCUCUUCUUUUUGGUGUUAAUUACCGGUCUCCUCAGCAUUCAUGGAUCAGAUCCUCAAGUGCAACCACCUCCGAUGCAGGGCGGCUUUGGGCAAUCAAGGAGUCGUUACGACGUGUUCGCACAUCUUCUGCGUUGAUUGGUGGAUUUUGACAAUAACCUCGAACCCUAAGUUCGAGCUGAUUGAAGUCUACAGUGCGAACCAACUCUUCACCGCCGACAGAACGUGUCCUGCUUGUGAGACGACGCUUGGUGAACCGGAUGACGUCGUAUUGACUAAUCUCAAUCCCACUGAUGACUACAAGACGAGCGUCCUUGCAGGUCUUUCUCCGAACAUCAUUGUGGAGAUAUGCAGCCGUGCUUUAAGCUUCUGGACGUACCAAGCUACUCAGGAGAUCGUGUACCAAGAGUUCAUGUCGAAGACGCUGCAGGAGAAGUAUGGUGCAUUGAAUGCCCAGAUGGAUAGUGUCGUUCGAGAUGCGAACAACGAGAUUACCGCUUUGCAAGAGAAGUUGGAGACUACUAAGCAGCAACAAGGCAACGAGAAGAGGCGUAACCACGAACUCAUCGAGAGCUUGCAGGACAAGUCGAGGCAGUUCAGCAAGCUACAACUCCUCUACGACAAACUCAAACGCAAGGCUCUCCUCUCCCCCAUGCAAAACGCCGCAACCCAAAACAUCGACGCAGCAGCGUACCAAAACAUGCCCACCCACGCCUCACCACCCGCCGGCAAGAUCUCUUUCCCUGGCCCUCGUGCCUUCGCUCCCGACAACAGGCAAGAACAGCAGCAACCUCAAGACUGGUCUCAGGACGGUCCGGUUCAAGUCGCGCAGACUCCUCGUCCGCAUCACAACGUCGGGAAUCCGAGGAAUGCUGGGAGGACGCCGUUGGCUGCGAUGCAUGGGAAUACCCCGUAUGCCGGACGUCCGAGGGGAGGGAGUGGUGGGAAUGGUGGUGGGUUGAUUAAGCCUAUGGGGGCCACGCCGAUGGGAGGGAGGGGGAAUCCGGGGUUGAUGAGGCCGAGCCAUACGAGGACAGGAGGAGGAGGAGGAUGGGGUGGGUAAGCGCUACGCAAGGACGAGGUGAGCACGCUAUCUGAAGGAAGCGAACCAUGGACGUCAAGUAUGAUUAUGUAUUGACG